AUGGUGGCAUCGGGGUGUGACGAUGGGUCCUUCCGCAACUGGGAACUGCGCCCCUCUCACCGCCCUUGCUCGCUCAUUCUGCUCCCCUCCUCUCCGUCUCCCCCUGUGCCCCCUCUCUCCCCACGUCCCAGACUGGCAAGCUGCAUGGUGUCAUCGGGGUGUGAUGACGGCUCCUUCCGCAUUUGGUAUCUGCGCUUGCUGUGGGAGGCGGGCAAGGAGGGCGGCGCCUUCAUAGCGCACAUCAACCACCACCGCCAGCCCAUCACGUCCAUUGAGUGCUCCACACUCGCUACCUCCUAUGCCGAUAACCAGAUCACAGUGGUGGGUGGGAGAGUUGGGGUUACUAGCAAGUGCCACUUGCUCCCAGCCUGUGCUUACCACCACCGCCAGCCCGUCACGUCCAUCGAGUGGAGCCCUCGUGAGAGCUCCACUCUUGCUACCUCCUGCGCGGAAAACCAGAUCACGUGA